ACAGAUUGUAGCUGAUACCUGACAUACUUGAGCUGACAGCCAAGAGACGAGCAGUUUCAGACAUGGCAUACACCAUGGACGACAGCCGCUUCCAUUGCUCCGUGUGUCUGGAUCUUUACACCGACCCAGUCUCCACUCCGUGUGGACACAACUUCUGCCAGCUCUGCAUUGAGAGGUACUGGGACAGCACCGAAGAGUCCCGCUGUCCCCUGUGCAAGGAGAUGUUUCACAUGAGACCCGAGCUGAAGAUCAACAUCGCCUUCAAAGAGGUCGUCGACCACUUUAAAAUCACAAGCGAAGGCCCGGUCACGGGCGGAGAAGCCCGCGAGGCCAAAGCCGGUGAAGUGGCGUGUGAUGCGUGCACAGGAGUGAAACUAAAGGCCGUGAAGUCCUGCCUGGUGUGCGUGGGGUCUUACUGCGAGAGUCACCUGGAGCCUCACAAGACAGCAGCCGCCCUGAGCACACAUAAACUGAUUGAACCAGUGAGGAACCUGGAGGACAGGAUAUGCAAGAAGCACAAGAAGAUCCUGGAGCUGUUCUGUAAGAAGGACGAUACGUUCAUAUGUCAGAUAUGUGCCGAGACCGACCACAGCCGGCACCGAGUUGUGAUGGCGGAGGCCGCGUCACAGCACAAAAUGAUUCAGAUUAAGAGGAGAGGGAGAGAAGUGGAGCUGAUGAUUCAAGAUCGGCAAAAGAGGAUUGAAGAAAUCAACCACUCAAGGAGUCAAACCAAGGUGAAUGCACAGAAAGAAAUGGAGGCGAGUGUUCAGGUGUUCACGUCUGUGAUGCAGUCGAUCAAGGAGACCCACACGGGGCUCAUGGAAAAGAUAGAGGCGAGACACGAUGCUGAACAGAAGAGGCUCGAAGAGCUCAUCAAAGAGCUGAGGCAAGAAAUCGACGAACUGGAGAGGAAAAGUGAUGAGCUACAGCAGCUCUCACGCAUUGAAGACCAUAUCACGCUCGUGGAGGCAUUCAAUCAAACCUACCCACUACCAUCGACUCAGAACUGGCCACGCAUUCCCGUUAAUGGAGUGGAUUUCUUGGGUUAUAUACGGACAUCUUUGAUUAAUGCAAGAGAGUUCAUCGACCUUGAGAUUAGACAACAGUCAGCUGCUGAGCUUAAGAAAGUGCAGAAAUGUGCAGAGGACAUCACCAUUGACCCUGACACCGCAGGGCCCUGGCUUAUUGUCUCUGAAGAUGGGAAAGAAGUCAAGCAGUCUCCAAAGAAGCAGAAAGUUCCAGCAAGCCCAGCGAGGUUCACAGAAAACACUUUUGCCGUUGCGACACAAGGUCUAACCUCAGGCAGACACUACUGGGAGGUCGGGGUGAAGGGGAAAUCCAACUGGACGCUGGGAGUAGCUUUUGGCACAUUGACGAGGAGAGGAAACGUGACUUCCUCUCCGGAGAACGGCUUGUGGACUGUAGGUCACAGGGACGGGCAGUAUCUUGUGUACACGCAAAAUCCAAUCCCUUUAAAGUUGUCCCCCCUUCCCCAGAGAGUGGGGGUGUUUGUGGAUUACGAAGAGAGCCAGGUAUCGUUCUUCGAUGUGGGGGCCGAGGCUCACAUCUUCACCUUCACUAAGUGCAACUUCACAGACAGGGUUUACCCCGUAUUUGAUCCGUGUGUGGCAAUAGAAAAGAAGGAGGUAGCUCCUCUGAAAAUUAUGAUGGUAGAGAUCACAAAAUGAAAAAGUGAUCUAGAUUUAUCAUCCUGAGCAACAGUCUCACGACAGUUGGUGAAAUAGUCACGAAAUUCAAUCUAUUUGAUUUGUGUACAAAUUUCCCUUUUUUUUGUGACGUU